GGUUUGAAAACGCGCUUUUGGUAAAGAAACCCUGCAGUUCAGUUCUCUGCGGUGAGGCGUCACGCAGAAAGGGUGGAAGAUUUGAGUCGGUCUCGAGCAUGGGCGUGAGAAAUCCCUUGCGAUGGGAGAGCAGGUUCGUGAUUCUCGAAGGCAUGAAUUAUGGAAUCAGAUUUCUCAGUUCAAAACCGAAUCCGGCGCUGGAUUUGAGGAAGCUCAGGCCGUUGAUUCUGCGGCGGAUUGAGGAGCGGUGCAAGGAUUAUCCCGUCAAAGGUAUGGUUUCCGUCGCUCGCGAUGUUCUCCAGGCACGAGCGAGCUUAUACGACGGCGUAUCAACUCUCAUCCGCCACAUUCCUGUCUGGUCUUGCAAAUUCUGCUCAGAAGUCUACAUAGGAGAAGUGGGCCAUCAAAUCAAAACCUGCCAUGGCUACCGGCGCCACAAGAAGAACAGCGUCCACACCUGGACAAAGGGAGGCGUAAACGACGUAAUAGUCCCGGUCGAAACUUUCCACUUGACGAAAAUGUUCCAGGACGUAAUCAAACACCGCGAGAGAUUUGAUCACGAUCGAAUACCCGCCGUAGUCGAGCUAUGUCUGCAGGCCGGGGCGGAUUCGAACGAUCCAUACGUAAUAACCACCAAUGCUUCCUCCGAUGCCGCGGCGACGUCAGCGGACGAGCUGAGAUUGUUAGCGACCCGAACUCUUCGGGCGUGGGAGGCGGUGCGGUCGGGGGUGCAGCGGCUGCUGUGCGCGUACCCAGCAAGGGUGUGCCGGAACUGCUCGGAAGUUCACGUCGGGCCAUCGGGGCACGACGCCCGGAUGUGUGGGGUGUUUAAGUUCGAGGGGUGGCGUGGGAAGCAUUCCUGGCAGAAGGCGGGGGUUGACGACUUGGUUCCAAGGAAGAUUGUGUGGUUCCGGCGGCGGCAGGACCCGCCGGUGCUGGUGGACGCCGGCCGGGAGUUUUACGGCCACGCGCCGGCGGUGGUGGAUUUGUGUAGUAAGGGUGGUGCAAUGGUGCCUAAGAAGUAUACUGUGUUGAUGAAAGUGGAUGGCUUGACUGCUCCUGCUCCUGUUGAUUCAAGUUAGUGAUGGUUCUUGCAGGGAAAUUUGGUGCUCUUUGGGUAAAUUUCCGGCCGAACUUAAUAGCUUGCAAAUUAGGUUUUGCAAACUAAGUUCGACAAGGCAAGUAACGCGUUCACGAGUCUAUCUCCGCAUCACCAGGUCAUUCUUUAUCAUAGGACAAUUUGAUAUUAUUGUUACUAGUAAAAUUGUUAUAGUUAUUUGUUAUAGUCCCUCAAUCCUAUUUUAAGGUUUAUGUAUUUUUUUCGUUUGUAAUAUCUAUCAAUUAUAUUACAAAUUAUAGUAUUAUAAUUUUU